AUUGGCUUUGUUCUUUUGCAUAUUCUUUUUAACAUUUCUAAAAUAUUUCCAACCAACUAUUCAGCUUUAAUUUUUCCAAUUGAAAAUGACAAAUCUUUUACGAAUUAAUAAAUUAAAUAAGAGAAACCUUGUUUCUAUCCAACAUUUGCUUAACCCUUACAAAGAACAGAAAUGCUUAUUUAUAGGAGGAACUGGUGAGCGCAGAUCUGGAAAAUCACUUUUUCAAUCUUGCCUCUUGACAAGCUUCAGAUCAACUGAAGAACUUUCUCAAAUAUUUAAAACAGCAAAAGGAGAUGAUUCUGUAACCAAAGGAUUGCAAAUAUACCAAAAACCUAUUAAAAUAUCACUCGAUGGAGAAACUUACAACAUUUUUAUAAUUGAUUCGCAAGGUUUGGAUUCAUUGGAAGGAUUAGGUCAGCAUGAUGAGUCUAUUCUAUGUUUUUUACUCUCAUUCUGUGAUUUAACACUGUAUCACUAUGUACUCACUUUUGGAAAACCAUUUGAAAAUUUGCCUAAAAAAAGCAACAGAGGUUUGGUAGUUGUUGGUAGAGAUAGGCCUACUGAUCAAUAUGUAUACGGUGAAUUCUCACCAGAGUUUAAAGAAAAGGAAAUCAAAAUGAUGGGUCCAAUGCCAUUAAACUUAGAAAUGGAGUUUGUACCAUUUCCGGAACCGAAUGACAAAAUUAGAAAUGGUGAUAGUGCUCAAACUUUAGGUGAAAGCUUUAACAAAGCCAUGUCCACUUUUAAAAAUCAGCUUUUAGAGUUUGUUAAACAUUUUAAAGAAAAUGCAGUAUUAGAAGAUGAUAUGUGCAGAUAUUAUCAGACAACAAGAAAACUUAUUAAUGUUAUUACAAAGUUCAAUUUUAGAGAUGAAUUUAACAGGAAAUCUCUAAACUCAAAGAUGGAUUUACACUAUGAACAGAUUCAUGAGGAGAAUCAAAGUAAAUUGAAUGAUUUCAAAACCAUAUGCAAUUAUUUGGAAGAAUAUAAUAAGGAAUUUAUUAAAUUAAUUACAGAUGAUAAAGUUACUGAUGAAAAAUAUUUCUUUAAAUGUCUAGAAAGAUUUUUGGAGACAAAUGAAAAACAUUUCGAGUUGCUUGAAUUAUUAGAAAAAACACAUUCGGAAGCUACGAAGAAAUUUUUUAUCUCUUGUGACAAUUUAAAAUUUGACAAAGAUAUAGAGGAAACAAAAAGUGUGAAAUUUUCAGAAAUUUGGUCACAGAGUAAACCAACAGAUGAAAAAGAAGAAAGUAGUAAAAAUGUCACAGUAGGACUGGCAGCAGCUGGUGGAGUAACAGUUGGGGCAGGUGCUGGAGCACUUGCUAUUGCUGGCGGAACAGCAGCUGCCGAAAUAACAGCAGGAGGAGGAGCAGUUCUUGCUGUAGAAGGUGCUGUAGUUGGAGGAACAGCAGUAGCUGCAUCUGUAUCCAUUAUAACUGGUGGUGUUGUUCUUGCAGUUGGAGCUGUCUUAGGAGUUGCAGCACUCGGUCAUUAUGCUUAUACAAAUCAUUGUGCAGUAACAAAAAGUAAAGAGAAGAUGAGAAUUAAAUUAGAAAAUGAAAGAAGUACAAGACUCAGUAGACUUGCAUGUCUGCAUGAGAAACAAAAACCACACAACUAUUUGAAAAAUAUUUCUCUUACAUGUGAAUAUGUGGAAUGUAGAAAUUAUUUAGAUAGUAUCAACUUUGGUGAUAUUUUAGAAGAUGAAAAUAAUAGACAAGAGAAUCUUAUUUCUAUAUUUAAAACAUUUAUUCAAAAGGUUUAA